AAUGACUCCGACCCCUUAUUGGAGGAUUUCAGCUUCUUCCUUUGGGACAGAGGUUUGCGGCCCCUAAAUGCAGGCGAAUCUUGAAGAAACAGCUUUGUCCAAACUGCUAGAAGUUGUAGCAAACGGCACGUUUCUUUCAUUUUUGUUUUUUUAAACUGUAUUUAUUUAUUUACUGUACUUAUUUCUCUAUUUAUGACCGUGCUUUUAUCUCCUUUUUGCUGUUUUAUAUGAAUUUAUCAGUAUAGUGUUGUCUAGUUUUAGAAGCUGUGAUUAGGACUUCUAUUUAAAUUUGGUGAUUAAAAAAUCCUAAUUGGAGAUCAUAAGCUGCCUUUGAUUUAGACAUGUCUGAUAUUUUUGUAAAAACACAAUAUAUAUGAAUAUGUUCAAACAAUGCAAAGAAUGCUCUGUGAGUCUGCUGUCUUCAGACGACUGGAUAAAGAAAAGACAGGGGUUGCAAACUAUUCAGUCUCUGGCAAAGCACCACUCGGACAUCCUGAAGACUAAACUGCAUGAAGUGUGUCUGGUCCUCAUUGAGGAGGUGAAAAACCAACGCUCAGCAGUAGCCUGUGAGGCCAUACAUGCCAUCGAUGAGCUCUACAUUCAGCUCCAGAAAACAAUGGACCCAGAAGUUGAAACAACAGGCCGAGCUCUAUUGCUGAAGCUUGCACAGACCAACAACAACUUUAUUCAUCAGGAGGUCAAUCUGGCGCUUGAUGCCAUGGUGGGAAAUUGCAGCCAUGGACGGAUUCUGAGCGCUCUGUUUAACACAGGACUGAACCAUCGCUGUGUGGCAGUGAGGAAUAGCACGGCUCAACACCUGCACCAGCUGGCUGACAAACUUGGAGCAGCCGUCAUCCUGAAAGCAGGAAGCUUCACUGAACGCUUUCUAAUUGCUGCCUCUAGAAUGGCAGGGGAUGCUGCACCUGAAGCCAGGUUCCAUGGGCAAACAAUCAUCAAGAAACUGGCCCUUCACAAGGACUUUAUGAAUUUGUGGAUGAAGAUUGUCCCUGAAAAAGACAGGCGUCCUGUGGAGAAGAGCUUGAAAAAGGCUAAUAAUUACAGGCAGCAGGUCAGCAUCCAGACUAAGCUCUCCUCUCCAGCAGGACCUCGGAUCCCCAGAUGUGACAAUGCAUGUUCUGGCGAGUACAGAGAAGAAGAGCGGCUGCUACAGCUGCAGCAGCAACCUGAGGCUAAGCUGGGAAAGUGGUUGGAGGUUCAACCAUCAUCAUCACAGACAGUCCCAGUCGCUCUGCAGGAGUAA